UGUCUCAAGACAUUCCGUGGGAAAUGGAGUAAAAGUUUCAAUGGGAAAAUGAAAGACGAUGUUUUUGUGAGGACUGUGCACAAAUAAAUCAAUUUAAUUAAUUACUGUGGCUGCAAACUUUCAUUCACAUCACAUUUUCGUACCUUGGUAGGUGUAUUGUGUGGCAAGAGCACAAAAUAUGUAAGGAAACAUAUUGAAUUCGCAGAAGGAAAACAUCCACAGAGGAAGUUCGUGUGAAGGAGAAACGAAAAAAAAAGAAAAUUGGAUAAUGGAAGUGAUAGGAAAAGCCCCACAAGUGUUCGUACAAAGUGAAAUUGUUCAGGAGUCCCCGUAGAAAUCCCACCGAGGAGUAUUUUCUUGUGCUGUGAAGACAGUGAGACAGUGCCAGAUAUGCAUUUCUCAAUCCCAGACACGCAGGACUUUCGCAAUGAGAAUUCCGGGACAUCAUUCACGGGCUUCAACAUUCACAUCAAUGGCACUUUCCAUUGUUGUCUGCGGUACAAGCAACUGCACAGCCUCCAUGAGCAGCUGAAACGCUCUCUGCCCACACUUGUGCUUCCAUCGUUCCCGCCGAAAAAAUUCUUUCCGCUCACACCGUCGCAGCUGGAGGAGCGUCGGGCUAGUCUUGAGCGAUACGUCCAGUUAGUGGGUCAAGAUCCCGUCCUGUCCAAAUCAGAGCUCUUGCGGACGUUCCUCCUCAAUGCGCAGCAGGAAUCAUCGUACACGGAGAGCAAGGAAACGGCACUUGAUGUGUACCUGAUGAAUGGCUUCCGAAUAGUUGUGAAUGCCUACACGACGGAAUGCUCAACGAAGGUGCUGGAGAAGGCGUGCGACAACAUCGACCUACCGCGUGACUACGCGUACUACUUUGCACUCUUUCUCAUGCGCAAAGAGAAUGACGGAAGUGUGACACUCACGCGGAAACUCAUGGACUUCGAGGCACCCUAUAUUACGCAGAAAAUCCUUCGGGAUUGCAAGAUUGUCAUAAGGAAGAACUAUUGGGAUCCUUGUUAUGACCUUGAGCUUAUGCGUGAUAGUAUUGCGCUCAAUUUGCUCUUUAUACAGACACUGAGUGAUGUGGAAAGGGGGUGGAUUCUAACAACGAAGGAAGCACGGGAUCAGCUGACAAAACUCCAGACGCAUGGGAAUAAGAAGGAAUUCCUCGAGGUAGCGCGGAAUCUUCCAACGUAUGGUGUUAUACAAUUUCAACGAGCUAUAAUGGAUUAUCCGGAGGAGGGUACUCAGGCCAGUAUAGCCAUUGGGAAUAAAGAGCUUACAACACGUACCGUCAUGGGGAAGAAGGUGCAAGAGGCAAAGUUUAAAGUUACACGAAUGAGGUGCUGGCGUGUCACGACAAUUCACAAUGACCUUUCGGGUGAUGGUGUGAGCAACAGGCAUAAAUGGGAGUUGUCUUUUGAGUACCUCAUGUCGAAGAAUUGCCUAAAAUGGAUCACAGUGGGCAGUGAGCAGGCAAUGCUGAUGUCAGUGUGCCUCCAGAGUAUGGUGGAUGAGUUGCUGAAUCAAAAGAGUGGUGCUGAUAUGAAUAAUAUGCAGAUUCAUCGAACAAACUACACGCCCUUGUCCUACAUUAGGCGUGAUGGAUCAUCCGGAAGGAUUUCCGAAUCCAGCUCUAGUGACACCAUAUCGAGUUUGAAUGACAUGGACAUGACGCAUACGAGGCGUGUUGUGGAGCCAUCAUCAAUGCGCCGGAAGAUAAGGGAAAAAAUCUCAACGACGGUGUUCUUCCGCAGUGGCAGGGAAUCCGUCCACAAUGAAGCUUUCGAGGGGAUUGGAGAUGAUGAUCUAUAGACGAAUUUUGCACAAAAAAUAUAAAACUUUUCUACUGAAAGCUCGAGAAAUUAAUAAGGAAGAAAUAAGAAUAUUUACAUAUAUCUAACAUGGAGGCUUUGUCGUAAACAUUCUCUUCUUCAUCAAACAAUGAACAAAAUAAUUAUUUACAUACAUUUUUUUGGAAAAUUGUUGUUUUGUAUAUUAUUAUUUUUUAAAUGUAUAAUGAAUUCUUGCCACAGCGUCAUAUAAAUUAAUAUUUUAUCUCCCUCUUAUUUAAUGGUUUAUUUUUGUGCCAAAUACUCUCUUUUAUGCAAAUUUGUGUAAAAUGCAACUAAAAAAAAAUAAAUAAAAAAAAUCACAUUUAUACCUAA